AUGGGCUCCGUGCUGCCCGGCUCGUCUUUGGGCCUGAAGCCGGGCUUUAAGCCGCAGCAGCAGCCGCUCUCUCUGGCGGACAUCAUCACCUCGGACAUCCUGCACAGCUUCCUGUACGGUCGCUGGAGGCACGUGCUGGGCGAGCAGCACCAUCACCACGCGCCCCACCAGCAUCACCUGCAGCACGAGGACCGCACCGCUCCGAGCGCGAGCCCCAAGACUGCGUUCACUGCAGAGGUCCUCGCGCAGUCCUUCUCCGGAGAGGUGCAGAAGUUGUCCAGUUUGGUUUUACCCAGCGAGGUGAUCAUCGCCCAGAGUUCAGUACCAGGUGAAGGUUUGGGGAUUUUCUCUAAAACAUGGAUCAAAGCAGGAACAGAGAUGGGACCAUUCACCGGGCGCCUCAUCUCUCCUGAACACAUCGAUCUCUACAAGAACAACAACCUCAUGUGGGAGGUGUUUAAUGAGGAUGGCACAGUCAGGUACUUCAUCGAUGCCAGUCAGGAGGAUCAGAGGAGCUGGAUGACAUACAUAAAGUGUGCAAGGAAUGAGCAGGAGCAGAACCUGGAGGUGGUUCAGAUUGGCAGCAGCAUCUUCUACAAGGCUGUAGAGACGAUCCCCCCAGAUCAGGAGCUGCUGGUCUGGUACGGAAACUCCCACAACACCUUUCUAGGAAUUCCUGGAAUACCUGGAGGAGAUGAAGAACAGACAAAGAAGAGUAAAAGCGAUGAGUUCCACCCCUGUGAAAGCUCCUCCUCCACCACCUCUUCCUCUUCCUCUAGUUUGGGUCGUAUGCGCUGCGUGAUCUGCCACCGUGGAUUCAAUUCCCGCAGCAACCUGCGCUCCCACAUGCGCAUCCACACACUGGACAAACCGUUCGUCUGCCGAUUCUGCAACCGCCGCUUCAGCCAGUCGUCCACACUGAGGAACCACGUGAGGCUGCACACCGGCGAGCGUCCUUACAAGUGCCACGUCUGCCAGUCGGCGUACUCACAGCUGGCUGGGCUAAGGGCGCACCAGAAGAGCGCCCGGCACCGGCCUGCUGCAGAAGUAGAGGCUGCAGGAGGGAGUGUGGUGGUCCACUCGGCCCACUCUCCUCCUCCUCACCCACCACAGCUAACAGCCAUGCCUCACCCUGCAUCACUGGUUCACCAUAUCCCAACCAUGGUGCUGUGA